AUGCGAUGGCCCAGUCUCUGGGCCUCGUACCCGUCACAACAAGAUGAAGUCAGUAAAGAACUCGGCACAAAUACCAGCCAAACACCGGGAGAAGCCCUCGACAGCUUCCUCUCGACCUCCAAAUCUGCAUCGACCCUCCCACCCUCCCGAAAAUCCACAGACUGGUCCUCUUUCCUCACCACCACUCCCUCACAGCUCUUCUUUGCCCGAGAGAAUAUUCUUCCGACUGCCGUCCUCACUGGCACCUGCCUCGCCUUCUACGCAUUCUACCGCAGCUAUUUACGCCGCAUCCCUGUUGCAGGGAACAUCAGUCCUGGUUUCUUUCGAAAGAGGAGUCUUGUGGGACGUGUGACGAGCGUGGGGGAUGGGGAUAAUUUUCGAGUCUUCCAUACGCCCGGCGGCAGAUUGGCAGGAUGGGGCUGGUUGCCGUGGAGGAGGGUGCCGAAAGAGAAAAAGGAAUUAAAGAACAAAACGAUACAUAUUCGACUUGCUGGAGUCGAUGCGCCAGAGCUUGCGCACUUCGGCAGACCACCGCAGCCGUUCUCACAAGAAGCGCUGACUUGGUUGACGGACUACGUUCUCAAUCGCAGAAUCCGAGCUUACGUCUACAAACGCGACCAAUAUGAUCGCGUCGUCGCCACUGUUUAUAUAUGGAAGGGCUUGCUUCGGAGAGACGUUGGCCUUCAGAUGCUCAGGGCCGGGUUAGCUACAGUUUAUGAGGCGAAAUCCGGCGCGGAGUUUGGGGUUGGUCUAGAGGAGAAAUAUCGCAAGGCCGAGUGGUGGGCUAAGCUGAGGAAGAAAGGAAUGUGGGCUGCUACUAAGAAGAACUUUGAGAGCCCAAGGGAAUACAAGACGAGACAUGGAAGCGAGACAACGGUGGAGGCUGCCAAAGGAAAGUGA